UGGCCCCUCUCGUGUCAAUUUGUCACACUGUCACAAUUGUCAUGAGUAAACGCCUCGUAUAAACACUUGUUAAGUUACAUAAAAAUACAAUAAAGCGGGAAAAUUUUAAAGUUUUAUAAUGAGUUAAUCAGGACGUUUUAUCUCUCUGGCAUGGAGAUUUGAGGAGUUAUACCGCAUCUCAUUUUCUAACAGAAGACGUAUUUUUCCUUGAAAAUGUAUUUAUUUUCCUAUCAUAUUUGUAUUUCAUCAUAGUGCUUCUUUAACAAUGGCAGCUGAAAUAAAGCCAGUACCUGGAACCAGUGCGCAACUGGUUAGCGGCCGUAAACCUCAGCUUUUAUCAAAGCUUGAAGGACAUCAGGAUGUUAUAAAUAUGGCUGUCUUAGUAAGAAAUGCAGAAGGUGUAAUUAGUGUUAGUGAUGAUAGAACAAUUCGUGUUUGGCUUAAAAGAGACACAGGACAAUAUUGGCCUAGCAUUUGUCAUUACAUGCCAUCUCCGGCAACAUGUGUUGUGUAUAGUGAAGAAACAAAACGUUUGUUUGUUGGCAUGGAUAAUGGUACUAUAUCAGAGUUUACAUUAGCAGAAGAUUAUAAUGCAAUGAAUCAUCAAAGAAAUUAUUUAGCCCAUCAAGGUCGUGUUGUAGACUUAGCAUUUUCCUUAUGGUCCGAGUGGGUGUUGAGUGUUGGACGAGAUAAGUACUUCCAGUGGCACUGCUCCGAAACAGGCCAACGUUUAGGUGGAUUUCAGUGCAAUGCUUGGUGCACUGCUGUGCAAUUUGAUGCACAAUCAAAACAUGUUUUCAUUGGAGAUUAUUCUGGUCAAAUUACAAUGUUAAAAAUUGAAGAAUCUGGUUAUAAGCCCAUUACAACAUUGAAAGGACAUUCAGGUAGUAUACGUUGUUUGUCUUGGGAUGCUGACCGUAAAUUGUUAUUCUCUGGAAGUUUUGAUCAAGCCAUCAUUGUGUGGGAUAUUGGAGGGCAACGCGGAACUGCAUAUGAGUUGCAAGGACACCAUAAUAAAGUAACUGCUUUAUGUUUUGCAAAUGCUUCAAAGUCACUUAUUUCUGGAUCUGAAGACAGUACCAUUGUUAUUUGGAAUAUGAAUGUUAAAAGAAUGGAAACUCCUGAAUGGGCAGACAGCGAUUACUGUCAGCGUUGUAGUAAGCCAUUCUUUUGGAAUAUCAAAGCAAUGGUUGACCAAAAAACAAUUGGAAUACGCCAACACCAUUGCCGCCGAUGUGGGAAAGCUGUUUGUGACAAAUGUAGCGGAAACCAGAGUAAAAUUCCUAUAAUGGGUUAUGAAUUUGAUGUCAGAGUAUGUGACGAAUGCCAUACACUUAUUACAGAUGCUGACCGAGUAUCAUUAGCUUCAUUCCAUGAUGCAAGGCACAGCAUAAUGCAUAUGGACUUAGAUGAGACUAGGUCUCAUUUACUUACUGUUGGAGCUGAUAAAGUCAUUAAGUUGUGGGAUGUGAGCAGUUUAUUACAUCAUUCAGUAUCCCAAGUCUGACAUCUCAUUUCAUGUGGCUGAUGGGAAAAAAAAAGGGAAAUUUGGAAGUUGUCACUUCCAAAUUGAAUCAAAAAUGGCUCCUGCAUUCCUCCUAAUCUAGCCAGUGGUGGACCACAGUUUUCUACAUGUUGGAUGAAACUCUAAUUUCAUUAGCAGCAGUUUAUAAACUUUUGAAAUUUUGUUUAGUUAAGUAUCUUUGAAAAAAAAUUGAAGUUCAGAUUUAUUUGUAAGAAUUUGAAAUGGAAAUAUAUAUUUUAUAAUUAA